AUGGCAAGCUCAAAGCAUCUCACGGAUCCCAAAAAACCUCUCAAUCAGUCGUCUAUAGGCUACAGGCCCACUGUAUUUACAUAUCUUGCAACGACAAGCCAUCGGUCUCUCACAUCAUUCGAGCAGAAACUACAUCUGGAAAAAUACUUUGCUGUUCGUGUUUUACCACCGCAAGGAGUCUUUUCAGAUUAUAUGACCGGACAGACGUAUCAACAGAUAUUGCGUAUCAAGAAUCUCUCUAAAAUGAGCAAGCGAGUAUCGAUUUUACCUACAAAAUCCGUCUUUUUCAAGCUAGACAAAAAGGAUAUGUGGGACAAUGUAUUGAUUUCUCCUGGAAUGGAAAAAGAAAUGACUAUAGUAUUUAAUGCAACACCAAGUAGCAUAGCAUCUGCCAAUACGGAUCAGUCUAAAGCAACUCAUACCGAUUGUUUUAUUGUUCAAGUACAAGGAAGUAGCGACAUUACAGUUCCUUUAGUGGCUUACCCAUGCGUUCCGAUACUAGAGUUUGAAUCUGCCAUAAAUUUUGGAACUCUAUUACGCUGCAGUGAUAAUGAUUACCCUUCAGUUGCUGCUGAGCCAAAUCCAAAAAAUAUUCAAGAUUUACCUUGCAAAGUCAAGCAAAAUGAUAGUAUAGUGCACGAGCAUGACUUGGUUAAAAACAGCGAUUUUGACUACAGAUCAGUUGGCAAGAGUCUAAAUUGGGCAGUCAAAUAUGUGACUAUUUGCAAUGUAGGAAAAAUAGCCGCUUCAUUUGAAUGUACAUGGGACUUAUCAUUACCAAUCAAAGUCACACCAACAAAAGCAACACUUGAUCCAUUUGAUACUAAGCUGUCGGGAAAUAGCUGCAAGCUUAAAAUCGAAUUUUUACCAACUAUUUCAGGGCCUUUCAAUGCAAAGAUCUACAUAGAUCCUAGUGGAAUGACAUCUGCUCUAAAAACAAAAAACCCCAUUUCAAACGAUACACGGCUUUCAGUCAACGUAUCUGCCAAUGUAAUCGAUCAUAAACUUUGUUUUCGAAAUGCUCGUAACGGUUAUCAAAUGGACUGGAAAGACUUCAACUUUGGCACAGUGUAUUACGGAGAUGCUAUUCGAUAUCCAGUUUAUAUUGAGAAUCUUUGGUUUGAAUCAGUUGCAUGGGAAAUUUCUCGACUAAAUCAAGACGAUCCAACCAUAUCCAACAUCAAUAGCAUGAUAAAAACUCGUCAACCAGUGAGUCUUUCUGAAGAAAAUGCCGAAAACCAGAAAGCCAUUUCAUGCGUGCCAUGUUCUGGAAACCUUCUUCCUGGACAAUCCACCUUGGUUCACUUUAAAUUCGAGCCUCAUCAGUUAUUACUUAAAUACGGAUUCAAAACUAAUCGUGCUGCCAUUCCUGCAAGCAAUUAUCAAACCCCUAUGGAGUUGAGGGUUUUAAAUGGUGGUGGUGGCUUGGGAGAAAAAGCCAUGCAAGUAGACUUUGUAGGCCGAGCAUGCGAACUACUAGCUACCCUGUCUUUGAAUAGCUUAAUAUUCCCCGAUACUCAAGUUGGAUCUACAGUGACUCGAACGAUUGAACUGAACAACAGCAGCAAUCAUCUUGGAUUUUAUUUUUAUUUUUCCAAAUAUGCUCAGUUUCAAAUAUCACCAGCAUCUGGGAAGCUUUUGCCUCUUCAGAAAAUUGCCAUUCACGUCAGUUUCAGGCCCCAUCAACUAGGACUUUUCAACAUAGCAGCAGCUUGCCAUAUCAAAGCAUGCACCAAUAAUUCAAACCAUAUUUCAGCUUUUCAUGGAAUAGAAUCCGGGAAGAUGGCAUUUGAUGACAAAAUCCUAACAAUACUUUCAGUUUCGUUAUGUGCGACUGGCAUUCCAGUGGAAUGUUCUCAACUAAAUCUUGUUCAAUCGACUCAUAGUCUUGAGCAUUUAAGCACAGAUAAAUCAAAGAUAGUUAUACAAGAGGUCGGACUGAAUGAGGUGACUUCAAAUAUCUUACAGAAUGGUACUUGUUCAAAAAGUCGGCUAGAUAUUGCUUUGCCCAGUAAUCAUUCCAAAAAGACAUGCGCCUCGCUAGAUUCAAUCGAACCGCCAAAGGUAAAUCGCGAUUGGAUCAAACGAGCUGAGCAUUAUUGUAUAUACACCGACUAUAUCCGUAGUUGUCGGUCUAAACGGAUGACAUCCAAGCAAGAUCCCCGGCUUGCACAAACUAAAAAAAUCUACAAUUUGAAUAGUCAUUUGUGCCAUCAAACCAUUUCAGAUGUAGAUCCAGAAAACGGUCUAUUGCCACCACAACUAAAGGGUAAACUUGAUUGCUUGGGUAUUUCUGAACGUACAAAAAGUCGGAUUUUGGCAUCAAAUGACCUGUUUUGGAAAUAA